AUGGGGUUCUUCAUGAUCAUUUCAAUUCUGCUGUUCCAGAAACCCACAGUAACCGAACAACUUAAGAAGUGCUGAGAUAACCAUGUACAAGGACAUUGCAGGAAAAUCUAAGUAACUGAAGUACGUGAGGUACUAUGUGAAAAUGGGAGAGAUUCUUGCCUCAAUAUCAAGGAACUGGAAGCACAUAAAAAAAAAAUUACAAAGCUACCUUGUCCAAAGCCAGCAACACUUGCACUGACUCUUCCUCAAGACUAUGUUACAAUAAUAGAAAAUUUCCCAACCCCGAAGACAUAGUCUACAUAA